AUGGAAAGAGAGCCAGGUAACAAAAUAAUUACACUAUUUGCCUCAGUUUUGGCCUCACUGACAAUCACCUUCAGUAUUCACUGGGCACCACUGAACAUUGGCAUCGAGCGACGCCUACAGACUUUUGCCGUUUUAUGCCAUACUCUGACCAUUGCUAUAUUCCUGACUUGCUUUUUUUUUACAUGUGCUAUACCGUUGUUCUGGCCCUUCUUACUGCCUUAUCUCGUUUACAUAUCUCUUUUUUCCACGGCAGCUACUUCUGGUACACUCCGUGGCAGGAGUAAUUUCCUCCGUUCUCUUCGCGCCUGGUCACUCUAUGCCUCGUAUUUCCCGGCUCGACUGCAUCGUUCAGAACAUCUCAUCCCAACACGGAAGUAUAUCUUUGGUUAUCAUCCACAUGGGAUCAUUUCUCACGGCGCAUUUGCAUCGUUUGCGACAGAGGCGCUCGGAUUUUCUAAGCUCUUCCCGGGCAUAACCAACACCCUCCUUACUCUUGAUUCGAAUUUCCGAAUACCAUUCUAUAGGGAGUAUGCUCUUGCCAUGGGGCUUGCGAGUGUUUCUCGCGAGUCUUGUGAAAAUAUACUUACUAAAGGCGGCACUGAUGGCGAGGGUAUGGGGCGGGCCAUCACAAUUGUCAUUGGCGGCGCGCGCGAAUCUCUUGAUGCAUUGCCACAUUCAAUGCGUCUUGUACUGAAACGGCGCAAAGGAUUUAUAAAGUUGGCAAUCCGAACUGGUGCUGAUCUUGUACCAGUGCUCGCAUUUGGAGAAAACGAUCUCUAUGAGCAAGUGCGCUCAGAUCAACACCCUCUCAUACACAAACUUCAGAUGCUCGUCAAGCAUACCAUGGGAUUCACUAUCCCACUUUUCCAUGCACGUGGUGUUUUUAAUUACGAUGUUGGCUUGAUGCCUUACCGCCGGCCGCUAAAUAUUGUCGUCGGGAAUCCCAUCCAAGUAAUUCAACAACAGAACAGGGAGGAAAUUGACGAUGGCUACAUUAAUGAACUUCAUGAUCGAUAUGUGCAAGAACUGCAGCGACUGUGGGAACAAUGGAAAGACGUUUUUGCGAAAGAUAGGGCAGCAGAUAUUGAGAUUGUCGCAUGA